UGAUCUUUGGAACUGAAAUUUUCGAUUCUUCACCUAAAACAUCAAUUAUCCACUCAUGUGAGAGUUAAAUUUUCAUAAAUUAAGUUGCAAAAAUUAUAACACAUAUCUAAGAUUUGAAAGACCAAAACAUCAUAUUAUGCCUUGGGUUUGUGUUCUUUUCUGCAGUGAAAAUUUGUGACAAGUUGCCAUGGAGACAGAGGAGAUUGAGACGAGAUCCGAGUUUGCGUUUGUGUGUGGCGUCCCAACCCAUGUCUUGAAGUAUGGACAACUCGGAGACAAUGAUACAUUGAUCCUCGUCAUACCUGGUAACCCAGGCAUCAUAGGUUUCUACGAGUUGUUCAUGGACACCCUCAACCAACUCAGCGACUACUCAAUCCCAGUUUGGGGGGUGUCACAUGCUGGUCAUGUGACUGUUCCUCCACACAUAACAUACUCAGAGCCUCCUUUUGAUAUCUACACGCUCAAAGGCCAGAUUCACCACAAGGUCGAGUUCAUCCGUCGCUACAUUCCGUCAACAACCAAGCUCAUUAUCAUAUCACAUUCCAUUGGUGGAUAUAUAUCAUUGGAAAUAAUGAAACGGCUUCCUGAGCGAACCUUCCUCAAAUCGAUCUUACUCUUCCCGACAAUCGAACGAAUGGCCGAGAGUCCUCACGGGCAGAUUGCGACGCCGUUACUGAAAUAUCUUCGCUGGUUUGCGUUUCUAAUCGUUCUACUUCUGUCAUAUUUGUCCCCGAUAUUAAAAUAUCGCAUGAUUACCUAUUACUUCCAAGGACGCCGAAUAGCAGAGUGUGCAUUUAAUGCUGCGAUGAAUUUAUUUGAUCCUGUGUGCACAUCAAACUGUAUGUAUAUGGCAAUGACUGAAAUGGCUGAUGUAAAGGAACCAGACUUGGCCACUAUUGAAACAAAUAUGUCCAAGUUAACUUUCUAUUAUGGUACAAUCGACCACUGGUGUCCGAUCAGUUAUUAUCAGGAUAUGCAGAAAGUCUUCCCGAAUGCAGACCUACAUUUGUGUGAGCAUGGCUUUGAACAUGCUUACGUUCUGGAGAGCAGCGUCGAGAUGGCGACCAUCGUAUGGGGGAUGGUCAGGAAGGUUGUACGACAAGCAGAGAAGAAAAGGAUUGGCUAGUCGGUGAUGUAGGAUACAAAGGAUUCAAUGCCUCGAGGGGGGGGGGGAUUAGUGUACCUGUCGUAUUCAAUGUGAUCAUUUUUGCUAUUGAACAACAUGAAAAUCUAUUAUGUGCAUUUUCAAAAUCGUCUUCAUUGUUUAAGUCAGAUUGUGGUGUACAUGUGUAAUGAUUAUGAUGCAAGAAAAUUAAAACAACAAAUAGUUGUUUGGAUAA